GGAUAGGGUCUCUCUUCUAGUUUGGAAGAGGGGAGGUGUGCCCAGUGCAAACAGCUCUAUGCAUGCUAGCACUCAAGGCAUCACUUCUGCGUGAACAAGGAGCUACAGACGGGAAGAGACGAAACGCCCGAAAAACAAAACUUUCACUGGUUUUAAAGACCUAAAGAUGAGGCUUCUACUCUUUGGUAUUACAGCCUUUCAUAUCCUCAUCUUGAUUAUCCUCUUUGUUGCCACCCUUGAUAAAUCCUGGUGGGUAUUCGCUGAAGAUGAGACUGUAAACUUAUGGUACGACUGCCUUCUUGACAACAACACCAAUGUAUGGCUGUGUUCUACAGUGUCGACUAACGAGUGGUUCCAUGCUGUCCAGGCACUCAUGGUACUAGCAGUCCUAUUCUCCAGCUUCUCCUUCAUGCUUUUUAUGUGCCAGCUGUACUUGAUGGAACGAGGAGGACUUUUCUAUGCAACUGGUGUCUUACAAAUUGUCGCAAGCCUUGCUGUGUUUUCCGGAGCAGUGAUCUACGCAAGUCACGUGACAGAGUUUCAUCCAGACAGAGAUAAAACAGGAUAUUUUGGCCACUGCUUUGUGUUGGCUUGGGUGGCAUUUCCUCUUAGCAUGGUGAGCGGUAUCAUGUAUAUCCAUCUGCGAAAAAGGGAGUAAGCAUUUUCCCGUCGACAUGUCAGGGACUUACAGAAGUAAAUAAAAUCAUUGUGUUCAUCAGUGCAAAGAUUAAUACAGUGAACAUGAAUUUUAUAUUUAAUUGUAAAGUGUUUACAUGAAUUUUAAAAAAAAACGUCUACCUUUCUGUCCAUCAGACAAACAUUUUUCUUUGGUUUAAACAAAAGCAAAUGUAUUAAGAAGCAGCUUACUCUCAAAACAAUGUUAUGCUUUAUUGGCGUUCAUGUGUUCCUUUGUACACAUUUUCAAUCUUGACCAUUCACAUUCCUUAUGAUUCACUCUCAAUGUCUAUGUUGAGUCGUAUUGUACUUUAAAAAAACAGAAAUAAAUGCCCUUUUACAGGU